UUGUUUACGUUUUGUGUCAUGGCUAUUUCUGUAUUUCUGACUGUUGUCAACAAUAACCCGUUUUUGUGCACUGGCCAAAACAGGAAACUAUAAUUAAAUUUAGUAGAAGAAAAGAUCAAAUCCAGACAUGGUUUCCUUGCCCCUGCGCUAUGAGGCCGCUAUGGUCCUGAGUGCGGCUGGAGAUGCUCUGGGGUAUAAGAAUGGCUCCUGGGAGUUUUGUCAUCACGGAAAAGAAAUUAUAAAGGAGCUAAAUGCAUUAGGAGGAUUAAACGCUAUUAAAGUGAAACCACCAAAGUGGAUAGUCAGUGAUGACACUGUCAUGCAUUUAGCGACAUCUGAGGCCCUGACCACAUGUAAAAAAUCCAGAAAAGAUGAACUAUUUAAGGCAAUUGCUAGAAACUACAAACUGUGCAUGAAGGAUAUGAGAGACCGGGCACCAGGGCUGACGUGUACGGGCAGUGUUCAUGAGCUCAAACCAGACAGGCCCGACUGGAGAGAUGGAUGUAGAAUAAACUUUAAUGAGAGGGGAGGAGGAUGUGGUGCCGCCAUGAGAGCCAUGUGUAUUGGUCUCAGAUACCCACGUGAGACAGAACUAUCAGAUUUAAUUGCUGUAAGCAUUGAGGCAGGCAGGAUGACCCACCACCACCCCACAGGUUACCUUGGGAGUUUGGCUGCUGCUCUGUUUACAUCAUAUGCUAUACAAGGAAAGCCACCCAGAAAGUGGGGAGCUGGCUUAAUGAGUGUGCUGCCUAAAGCUCAGGAAUAUAUUAAGUCAGAGAAGUUCUUUGUGGAAGACAACUUAGAAGCUUGGAAUUAUUUUGAGGAACAUUGGAAAAAAUACCUUGAAGAGAAAGGCCUCUUAGAAGGAAGCCAGGACCCAAAACCUGACAAUCUGGACGAAGAUGGCCGAGACAAGUUUUACAAAAGUCUGAGUUUCUCGGGCUGGGGCGGAGCCAGCGGUCAUGAUGCUCCUAUGAUUGCAUAUGAUGCUAUUCUGCAAUCAGGAAAAAACUGGGAAGAACUAUGCAAAAGAUCAAUGUUUCAUGGAGGAGACAGUGAUAGUACUGGGGUCAUUGCAGCCUGCUGUUAUGGGGCCAUGUAUGGGUAUGAUGGGGUACCAGAGGGGAAUUACAAGAAGCUCGAGUAUCAUAAAAGACUAGUGAAGCAGGCCAGAGAGUUAUACGAAAUUGCUCACGGAUCUGGAGGGGAAAAUGCCAUGAUAGAUGAGGAUGACGAUAUGAUAAAAGAGGAAGAGGAAGAGGCAGAAGAAAAGGAAGGAAAAGAGCAGGAGGUGGCCGAGAAAGAGAGUGCUCAAGGGGAGAAAACUCUGGAGUCGGAGAAUGUACAGGAGAAAGUACAGACAACUGUAUGAUUGUCUGUUUAGUUUAUAUGUUCUGACUUUCAACAUUAUAAGUGUAAUAUGACAUUGAAUUAUAAGAUAGAUUAAAGUUUUCUUAUUUUUGCGUUUAUUAUAAAGUAAUAUUCCCCAAAGAAUCAUGCAAUAUCUCUCCAUUUAUGUGUCAGUCUUUGGGCUCCUGACAUUUUUUACUAUGUUAUAAUGUGACCAAGUAAUUCCAUAUGUUUUAUUUAUUUAGGCGAGUAUCGUGUUCAUUUUGGUAAACUUAUUUUUUAUUCAAUUAUUUGAAUCAAGUGAGUGGGAUUCUAACAUUUUGUAAAGGCUUUUGUCGAACAAACUUUUUGUAAUCUUAUUCCUGACUGGUGUAUUCUUUAAAUCAACUCAAUCCACUUGCGCAGUAGAUCUGGGUAUAAAUAAACAGGUUCGAUUAGAAUUACUUGUCCCGCCAGCCAGUUUCAAGGUCACAACACCUCAUGGUCGUGCUGUUCAUAUAGGUAUUUGCUUCUGUAAUACUUUUCUUUUUCAUAACUUAUAAUGUUAUUUUUCAUUUUCUAUCUAUUUGACAUUAUAUUUUGUCUAAUGGGUAGAAUAAUUUAUGCAUAUUUUUUUUUCUAGACACUAAUGCCAUUGCCGU